AAGAAGCCUCUGGAAACCACCAGCUGUACCAGCCCUACUUUUCUCUUUCUAUUCAACCCCUCCACUUUCUCAUCCUCCUUUUUUCCCUCAGCACAGGGGGAAGAUGAAGCACUCGAGUUUGCUAGAAUCUGUUUCCCAGCAGCGGCCCAAGCCUUAAGAUGGAUCGAGGGGAUUUGCAUGGGGUGGGGUGGAGAGAGUAAGAGAUCUGAGGGAGCAGAGGAGAGGGAGAGAGAGAUGUUACUGCUGAGGCUCUGCAAAUGAGGGCUGAAGAGAGGGAGGAGAGAAAAGGGGGCAUAGUAACACCGACCAGAAAACAACUGUGCUGUCCUGCUCCCAGAGCACAAACGCUGCUGUCUACUCAAACUCGGAGUGAGGGGGGAGGAGGGACGAUUGACUUUUACCUUCCAUAGUCACUGUGCUCACCCCUCGCCUCCCCCUCUUCUUUGCUCUUCCCCUUCAACCCAGCCUCUCUGGAGCUGCAGAAGACUGUCAGCCUACACAGACGAAGCACAGGCAAAGCUGCCUGCUCUACCACCCCGUAUUACUCUCCCUUACACACACACACACCAAAAUGCUCUCACAGGCACACAUUCAGAGAACUUUCUGUUGCGCACACACACUUACAUGCUGACACGCAGGCAGGCACACCCCCUCCCAUUAUCUGUGCGGUGAGCAAUUUUGCUCAUAGUGGUGUGAGCAGCGAAGGGCUGUAUUUCGCUCCUCAGCAGCAGCGGCAGCAGCAGCAGCAGCAGGACGGGUCCAGAGGAAAGCAGUCAUCACCAGAGAUCACACCCCAGCUUCUACAACUGAAGUGUGUGCCAGUGGGACAGCCAUGGAGGACACCCUCACCUGCAGCCAUGCCACCUUCUCCCAGGUGUUUGGACGCCAGGGACAGCUCAUGCAAGCCACGGUGCAGUCUCUCAACAGCCUGAACGACCAGAUUGCUCAGUUCAUGGUGACCAGACCUUGCAGCCUGGCUCAUGAGGACGAGUCCUUCAUCCCGGGAGAGAGGGACACCUUGAGGAAGUCCAUGACUCUGAUGAGGCACCUGCUAAUGGAUGCUCAGGGGAAAAUUCUUAAAAUGAUGGAAGACAACAAACAUCUGGCUCAGAGGAUUGAUGGGGCUAUUCAGUCCGCCAGUCAGGAAGUGACCAACCUCCGCUCUGAGCUCUCCGCCACCAGCCGCAGACUGGCUGAAUUGGGUGCCAGCAGCCCCCCUGCCUUAGAGAACCACCACCAGUACAACCACCAUGAUGACAGCCUCCAUUACCGGGAUCCAUCGAUGCACCACAGACAGAAGACGAUGGUGAGGGACAUGUGCUACCCGACGGAGAUAUCCAGCCUGAUGGACUUUGGCACCCCGGACUGCUCGCUAGGCAAAGUGUUGUUGCGCGAGGAGGUGGUCCAGCUUCAAGAGGAGGUCCACCUGCUGAGGCAAAUGAAGGACAUGUUGAGUAAGGACCUGGAGGAGACCCAGGGAGGCUGCUCCGCAAACCUGCUCUCAGCCACCGAGCUACGUGUGCAGCUGGGUGACAAGGAGCAGGAGCUGGACCGUGCCAAGGAGGCCUUACAAGCAAUGAAAGGUGACCGGAAGCGACUAAAAGUGGAGAAGUCAGACUUGAUGAGUCAGAUGCAGCAGUUGUACACAACACUGGAGAGCAGAGAAGAACAGCUGCGAGAAUUCAUACGUAACUACGACCAACAUCGAAAGGAGAGCGAGGACGCAGUGAAAGUCCUGGCAAAGGAGAAGGACAUGCUGGAGAGAGAGAAGUGGGACCUGAGAAGACAGACCAAAGAAGCCACAGAGCAGGCCAACAUCCUGCGCUCUCAGAUGGACAUGAAGGAGAACAGGGUCAAAGAACUGGAGGCCGAACUGACUAUGGCAAAGCAGUCUCUGGCAACUUUGACAAAAGAUGUACCUAAGCGCCACUCGGUGGCCAUUCCUACAGAGCCUGUGGUGAACGGCAGUCAGGAGUGGGUGAUGCAGGCUGACCUGCCGCUCACCGCCGCUAUUCGCCAGAGUCAACAGACCCUCUACCACGGACACAGCACAGACAGACAGGCUGUGGUCAGGAUCAGCCCCUGCCACUCUCGCCAGCCGUCUGUCAUCUCUGACGCAUCAGCAGCUGAUGGAGACCGCUCGUCGACGCCCAGCGACAUCAACUCACCUCGGCACCGGACACACUCCCUCUGCAAUGUAAGAGCUGCCUGGCCCCAUCGAGCAAUCCAUGGAGGAUCUGGAGGACCAGAAGCGUAAAAAGAAGAAGGAGAAGAUGACUCUGGGAUCCCUGUCACGGGUGUUCGCUCGAGGCAAGCAGCGCAAGUCACUGGACCCCGGCCUGUUUGAUGGUACAGCCACCCCUGAUUAUUACAUAGAGGAGGAUGCCGACUGGUGAUGCUGAGUGUGUGUGUGUGUGUGUGUGUGUGUGUGUGUGUGUGUGUGUGUGUGUGUGUGUGUGUGUGUGUGUGUGUGUGUGUGUGUGUGUGUGUGUGUGUGUGUGUGUGUGUGUGUGUGUGUGUGUGUGUGUGUGUGUGUGUGUGUGUGUGUGUGUGUGUGUGUGUGUGUGUGUGUGUGUGUGGAGGUGGGAGGCGGGUACAUUUGAAAAGAAAAGCCUGCGACUGCUAUCCCCUUAAAUGUACAGUAUAUCAACCUUAAAUUGUAUGUUUGUAAAUUAGAUAUAUAUUUAUAGAUGUACAUGUAUGCAUAUGUAUAUAUGUUUACAUGCAUAUAAAUAUAUACAUGGGGUUACUAUUAUGUGUAGACAUGUUAAUGCUGUAUUAUCUUCCAAAUGUCUUUAAUGUUUUGUUUUUUAUAACUGGAGACUUGAAGGACUGCUGUUCAUAUGUAAAUAGGAGUUAUUGUGAAUCGAGUGUUUUUACUGUAAGUGUCAUUUGGCUUUUGUUACUUUACAGUUGCUUUUUUCAUGCUUUGCUACACUGAUAUCUAAUUUUCUUCUUAUUGCCACUCUUGGCCCAUUUCUUAUUAUGAAAGAGAUAUUUCCUGAUUGGUUUCAAAAGAAAUUCAUCACUUGGAGUUAUAAUUGGCCAUAUUCUGUGGUUUUAUGAAAAGUAAUACUUACUUUGAGAGGCAUUACUGGUACAUUGUUGCUGUCAAGGUUUUUUGACAAAUGCUGGCUCACAGUAUUUAAACAUAUCAUAAUGUGGGCGGCAGUGAUUUUUUCAUAAAGGCUUCCUUUUCAAAUUGAUGAUUAAUAUUAUCAGUUCCUCUAAAUAACAACUGGCCAACAAGGGUUUAAAGGGCAAACAUCCUUAAAAUAUAUAGUUGCUCAGACCUGAAUGCAAAAACAAAAUAUGAACAGUGAUGCUUACUCAGGCACACCUCUGCUAUGCAGUAAAAAUAACAUGUGCAAAUGCCAAAGGUUAAACACUGACUUUAGAAAACCUUCGUAUCAUUCUGUCACUGUUAGCACUAGCCUCGUGUCAUUGUUUAUGUCUGACUCAUAUCUUACAGAGCGCUAUCUAACAUGCCAAUAUAAGACGAAGGAAUGUGCAUUACACACCUGCAUGAUCCCUCUGUGUUGCUUUGAUUAGAUGUCCAUUCAUUGCCAAUCAAAUUAAUAAUAUCCACAAUCCUGUGUUGCUCCUGUGUUCCCUUUUCCCUUAGCAGAGUUAUCUCCUUGCAUUAUGAAUGCACGGUCCCCUUUUUUCUUUUUUGUUUUGCUUUGUGUAGAAUCCCUCCUCAUUUCUUGCAAAUGUGGCUCUAAUAAUUCUAUGUUAACUGCUUUGUAAUUUAGGAGAUGUUGCAUAAAAGAUUAAAUCUAUUGAAGUAUUUUAUUUAAAAAGACAAAAAGUAGAGGUAACUUCAAAUAUUUAUCUGCUGCAGCUGUUGCAGCCAGAUGUUGAGGAGGUUUUAGCAUUUACAAAAAUGAAUUAUAAUUGAAAUGAAAUCUUAUUUUAAAAAUAAAACUAGUAACUGAAUACA